AUGUACCGUAGACCAAAGAUAGCAUCCAAAUCUCCGUUUAAACACCCAUGGUGGGCAGCCUACACAGGAGUAGGUCCAACCAUAAAAUGCAAAGACGAAUGGUUGAUUAUUGAGAUUUCCAACAGUAUCCGUCAAAAGCCCAACUGGAAAGCAAAGUACAAAGAUCCUACGAUCUCGGCCAAAUGGAAACAGGAGGUUAAGGACUUCUACAACGACAGGACUAAACUCAUUGAUGAAGUAAUUGACUACGUUUUUCUCGAAUUGGAAUGGUAUGAGAAGACUGAACACGACUUCCCUGGAUUUAAAGGCAAGGAAUAUUCCAUUGGAUGUGAUGAUAAGAUUGUCUUUGCUGAUAAAGCCAUUGAUCCUCAACUCGCGGCCACCUUCAAGAGAGACAUCGAUAAAUUAGCAGAAUCCUUUGGUGGCGAUUUGGACUACCAUCCAAAAACAGAUAACAAGGUCAUUGACUUAGUCCAUCCUUCUUUGUUUCCGUUACAAUACGGCAUUACUCCAAUUUAUUCUUCCAACAAGAACCAGGUCGAAGUGGUAGAGUACGAGGAGAAAAUUGAAUUUUUCAAAAAUGCAGUCAUGCCCUUUGGCAUUUCGAAGAAUUUCCAAUGGCUUCCUGCUCUAUUAUCAUUCAACAAAGCACUGAGCAGCUUUGAGUUUAUUUCCUACAUCAACAAUUUGCACCCAGCAAAACAUGCCAAGUUAUACUCCUCAAUCCAAGCAAUUUUCAACUCUGUUUUGCCUGGCUUGAACUAUAUCUUAUCUAAGGCUGUUUCCAAGGAAUACAUUAGAAUUGAAAUUCCUAAAUACAACGAUGCAUACCUGGAUGAGUAUAAGCAAAAACUUGAGGAUAUUUGGAAUGGAGAAGAUGCGGUUGCGGAUGAGAUCUGGGACGAGCUUCAAGAUAAUAGAGUCAACUAUUUGAAGACUUUCACUCCCAUUUACGAUCAGGGCCCUAUUAUCGACAAAGAAAUCGAUGUUGUUAGGGACUUCCAGAAAUUGAAGGUCAUUGUCAAGUUGGCGAACAUUGAAUUGACUCCAGAGAGGCCCACCUACGAAGGGGGAGCAUGGCAUGUGGAAGGAACAAUCAACGAAGACAUUGUUGCUACCGUUUUGUACUACUAUGAUUCAGAAAACAUCACGGAAUCUAAGUUGAAGUUUAGAACUGGAUUUGAAGAUCCAGAAUACGAGCAAAACGAUGACGACUACGGAAGAGAGAUCUUUGGUGUCAAUGACGAAGAUUUAAUGGUAAAAGAGCUUGGACAUGUUAUUUCUCGAGAAGACAGAGUUGUAAUUUUCCCCAAUAUAUUCCAACACCAAGUUGAUACCUUCGAAUUGGCCGACAAGUCCAAGAAGGGUCACCGUAAGAUCCUUUGUUUUUUCAUCGUUGAUCCGUACAAUGAUUUGGUGGUUACUACUGAUCAAGUUCCUCCCCAACAGAAGGAAUGGUGGGACGAUUUGGGGCUUUUCAAAGAACAUGAUGAAGAUGCCAAAGCUGGACCUCUCAAUUCCACACUAAUUUCUGAUAAUAUCAUGAAACAAAUCUUGGAUUUGAAGAAAGGAAAUAUCUGGCCCAUAGAUUUGACUAGUGCAAAGAAAGUAAGAGAAGCACUCAUGGAUGAAAGAACAGCAGCUGACAACGAUCCUCAAGUUAGUGACUUGGGAGCAUUCAAGAGACAGUUUUCACUCUGCGAGCAUUGA